UCUAUGGUUUUGUAUUUACAUAAGGUGAAGGUCACUGAAAAUGGCUACUGUUGCGAGGAACGUGCGAGCACUGUUUAAAUUUCACCCAACAGUUCUUAGACGAUCAAUUUGUAGAUUUAGUGCAGUGUCAUAUGUACACAAUAGACAUCAAACAAAUGAAAUAUGUUGCUUGAAUUCCCACAAACUUCUAUCCAAGAUUUCACCUACAAUUUUGACCUCUGGAGUGCGGUUUUAUGGAAAAGCAAAAUCGCUGCAGCCAGAAGAGAUUACAGAACGUGUCAUGAAAGUGUUGAAAGCUUAUGACAAAAUAACAGCAGACAAGCUUACUGAGGAUUCUCAUUUUAUGAAUGAUAUGGGUUUAGACAGCUUAGAUCAAGUGGAAAUAAUUAUGGCCAUGGAAGAUGAGUUUUCUUUUGAAAUACCCGAUUCUGAUGCUGACAGAUUAAUGAGACCAAGAGAUAUUGUUCAGUAUAUAUGUGAUAAAGAAGAUGUAAUAGAAUGAUAUUACUUUCAAAUGUAGGUAGAAAAAGGAAGGAAAUAUUUGAAGAAAAGAACUAAUAUUACGACUUUAAGCAUUGUGUUACAUCAAUAAUGUUCCAAUUCAGUGUGUGAAAUUGUCAAUAUUUGUUAAUUCAGUAAAUUUUACAAUAUGA